GCUAAUUACUUCAGGGAGGGGAUAAAAUUGUUUCCUACUCGUAGUCACUGAUUGUGGCAAGCUUCGUGCGGUUUGCACUCAAUAUUAACCCAGGACCAGUGAAUAAGUGAAUGAUGGCUGAUAAAGAGAAACGACCCAUUGAGGUGUGUACCUAGCUAAAGUCAUUCGUAUUUUUGUACGACUUGGAGAACUGCUUAUCUAAGCAGAUGCGCGCCAAACGGCGAAAGACAGUUCAGCGUUCCGAAUUUAAUAUCAAGAGUCGACCUUUUAGCGUUUGAGUUUCCAUCUGUUUCAAAAAGAAAAACUCAUAAAUACAUUUUACUUAAAUUAGGAAAAGUAUCUGCCGUAGUUCUUUGUCGAGUAUGUCAUGAUGAAGAUCCAUGUUCUGUUAUGAUUUUAAUAUCCGCCUGUACAUGUAGGUAUCAUGAAAGUGAAAGUACAAAUUAUUUACUUAAUAAGCUACAAGUCAUUUUCAAAUCCUUCCUUUCUCUAUUUCUUCUUUAAUUUUCUUUUUUCAAAGGUCUUCUUUUCUUCCGCUAGCCAUGAGAUUCAAAGCAAAAUGCUUCUUGAAUUGUCUUCCAAUUUAGAAUAUUUCUCACGUGAUUAACAGAAGUCGUACGUGAUAGUCGAAAGUUAGGCUUGUGGUCUUUCUAUUUUAUUUUGCUGAAAUAUCAAUUAACUUUGUUUUGCUGCCGAUUCAAAAAAUACUCAAAAUAAUGCGAAAGUUCACGAAAGAAUAAAAAAUGCGCCAAUGAAGAAACCAGAGUGAAAUGAAAGCUCUUAGUCUUAGUUUGCUCUUUGAGGCAGUUCAGACUUCGAGUUAGGAAAAAAACUACAAUUCCUCUGCAAUCCUUUGAAAAUGCUGUUGCAUAUGAAAAUUGCCAACUUUCCCAAAUCAGAUGUUGUGCCACAAAACGAAUGGCACAUUCCAAAUUUUACUUCUCACUGGUAUGAAAUAGCACGUCACCGCUAUAUUUAGAGGCUCUAGUAUUUAAAACAAAAGCUUUCAUUUCAUUCCAGCUAACAAGCUCCUCAUUCUCAGUGGUGAGGUUUGCACAAUGUAUACGCCUAUUUUAAAAUGUUGGAAAUAAUUAACUCUUCAAUUCCUACAAGUGACCAAGACAGAAUUUCCCCUUUCAACAUCAUUACGAAAUCAAGUAGGCAAGUGAUGAGAACCAAGAAAAAGUAUCAAUUAAGGGAUUAUUAGUUGAUCCAAUACCAAAUUCUCAAAAGAAACAUCAGAAGAAUUGUAUAGCAGACAGUAAGGAGAAUUACUAAUGAGAUCUUGGGAGUUAAAGGUUUAAUAAUGAUCAUAAUUUGCAUCUAUUGCACCAGACUAAAGCUUCAACACUAGAUCUGACAUUUAUCUUACAUCUGCACCACUGCAAAUUACUGAUGGACAUUCUAGUCUCCUUGUGUACUUUUACAACAGCUGUUGUUCCUAAUACGGACAUUUACAGAAUGCAAAUAGUGCUUUUGCAUGAUAAAAUUAUUUACUGAAAAUUGACUUGCAAGUCUCAUUUGCACAAUAAUUUUCAACAAUUUUUACCAAUUUCUUGCUGUCUUGUUUUUGCUUGGAAAAUUGGGUAAUAAGCUCUGUUGGAAUGUGUAUGUUUCAGAUCUCAUUUGUUAUACUUAGUGUUGUUUUUAUUACUAGAUCUUGAAGCCAUAAACUCUGAGAAUUGUAUACCAGACAGUAUUGAAAAUUGAAGGAAAAAUUUUUGGUUAUUCAUUUUGGAGACAACUCUUGUAAUGAAGUUUAAGCCUUUGUCUCAUGGUGUAGCCAAUGUGGAUAUGGAUUAUGUCAUUUUGACUGCAUACUGCAUAGAUAGACUCGAUAGAGUAGGAAAGCUUUGUGACAGCAGACACUGGAGACAAUAUUUCUUAGAAAUCUUGCCUUACAGCUGUCAAAUAUCAGUCAAUCACAGCUGGGUGUAGUGCUUCAUGAGGUGAUGCACAUUCCAUCAACCUUAUUGUCUGAGGAAUACCACUGUCAUACAAUUGAAACACUGUGAUCCAUGUCAGAAGUGAUUACAUUAUCAGAAAAACGAUUAAUGUUCAGAAAUUAUAAUAUCUAGAUCUUGCAAAUAAAAGGGUUCAACCUUUCCAUUUCUAUUCCAGGGAGAUCCAGUAGACCCUUCAUCAGGGAUGCCUCCUUCAUAUGGAACAGACAAUGCUUCUCCCCCUUCUUAUAAUGAAGCAAUGGGUAAGUGCAGCUGCAUGGCUUUCUGGAAAAAUAAAAUUCAGCUCUUCAUGCUGCAACCAUUUUGGUUUCUCUGUAAGUUGAAAACAACUGCCUCUUUCUCUUGGAUGGUCUGAGUUAAACAUUUAAACCCUAAGAGUGACCAGCUUCUAAUUUCUCUUUACAGUAAUACUGGUGAAUCGUUCAUUUAGAUCAUGAGAAUAAAGAAAAUGAUCACAACCUCAGAAGCUUUGAUCUUAAAAAAAUUCUCAUUGUCAGUACAAAAUGAAAUAUAUAGAGAACAGUAUGGAGAAUAUUCAUACUGAUGUUAUGCCAUGCGAGUAUGAGGAAUAGGAAUACUGAUGGUGGUAAGGGUUAGUGCUACUUCUAAUUUCAUUUUUUCUUUCCUCUAUAAGGUCCACCACCUUCAUAUCAGUCCUUGUUUGGUGAAAUCCAAGAAGCACGCUCCAGUUCCAGUGGAGUGCUUGAAUUCUUGAAGAAACUCUUUUUGAUACUUAUUGGAACAAGUAAGAAUUUGUGUCACUCUUUUUCAGCAUAAAAGAUCCUGUAUAAAUUUGAAAAAGUCACUGCUCCAUAGAAUAAUAACUUACAGGGUUUUUAUUAAGUCUAGUGAUUCUCAGAAAGUUAUAUUUACUAAACCAAAGUGUGGAAAAUUAGGGUGAGGUACAGAGUAUUUCCUUAGCUAUACCCUGAGAACAGGUCGUCAUCUAUGAUAGCACUGCAGGAUGUGUGUUCUCUGCCUGCAGGAAGAUUUUAGACAAGUUGGGAAGAGGUUGGCUGGGGAUCUGGUGGUAAUUAUCAGCACAAGACCCCUUGCAGACUUCUUGCCCUCUUGCAUUGCUUUUAAAAGGCUUCAUACUUUUCCCUGGGCAAAGUUACAAUUGUGCUGCAUGCAGUCUAAAUUAGCUGUAGCUACCAACUAGUAUGACCCUCUGAAAAAACGCCUAGCAAUGUCAUUAUGCUCUGAGGGUGGAACCUACAAGGAAAGAGGAUUCAAGGUUGUUCCAGGGCAGCUGGAAAAGAACUACUGAAGCAGCUACAGUAAACAGCCCAAACCAGAGCAAGAUGGCUGGUAGUUUCCACAGAUCUGUGGGGGCAUAUGGGGAGAAAUCAAGUCUGUUGCUGACUAGUUGAGAGCCUCAAUUUACUGUUGACAAAACUUUAUCUCUACAAAUUGCUAUUUCAAGUAGUUUUAAUUUCUUUCUUUGAUAUCAUUCUUAGUUGGAUGUACCAUAAUGAUUGGGCUGGUCAUGGCUAUUCCCAUUGCUAUGAUAGUCAUAGGUAAGUGAAACCUUUACCUGUAUGUCCAUAAUAUUGGUUGAUAAUGUAAAUUAGCCACUGUUAAGUGGUUCUAAGCUGACAUUUUGAGUGUAUGCCCUUUGUCAUGUGUUCUGAUGUAUACUUCCCAGUGAUGCUGGAAAACUUGUUAGAAACUUAGCCCCUCUCUGUUUUACCUCUAUGUGUCUUAGAACUUUGACAGUGAAAUUAUCUUGGCCAAAAGGGGCGAUCUCAAAGUGGAUUUUGUAGAAUUGAUGAAAAGUUGAAUACCUUUAACAGGAGCUAAAUACAAAGACCAGUGCCCUGUAGAAGAUAAGAUUCCCAUUUAUCUUAUUGUUGGUGGAGCUGUGGGUGUGUUCAGAAACCUCAUCUCCUUGUGUCAGCGGGCCACAAAAUCCAAUAAUGAUGAAGAUGAAGACGAGAAGAAGAAGCGCCCUUUCGAGGGCAUCCUAGACUGUUUCCUGUUUAUCUGGUUUAUUUGUGGAAAUGUCUGGAUAUAUAAGAAUUAUAAGCCCGACUUUAUUCACUCUGAUAGUGAAGAAUAUUGUAACCAAACGUUGUAUCUGUUUGCAUUUUGGUUAACAACCUCCACAUACAUUUUAGCAGGGGUCAUGUGUUGUUGUGUGUGUUGUGUUGGUGUUUGUGCUGCAAUAUUUAAUGCUGAUGAAUGAAAUCUCAAGUGUUAAGGGUAGAUGUAAAAUUUUUACCCAUAUGGACAGGAAUGUGCCACUGAAGUCUACAAAGACAUCAUGUAGUCACACAAAAUUGCCAUUAAGGCAGUCAUAAUUUUUUUUAUAAAGUCAUAGGUGAUCAAUUCAAAUGAACCACUGCUCACUUAACUUACAGCAAUGAGUUACUCUCUAGCUAGUUCACCCAGAUGUGGUUCUAUGCAGUUCUCUCCAGUAUUGUGCACCCAUAAUUCUUUUGGUUUUUCUUGUUUCCCAUAAUUAAUCUAAGAUAUUAAGCUCUUGCUGCAAUAUACUAGUUGGCAUUUCUAUGCCAUUGAAUUGAUACAAAAGGUGCCUUGAAAUAUGAGUCAUUGAGUAUUUAGGUGCAACUUCAUCAGAGAUCCUGUAAUAUUUAAGGAAGACAUCAUAAUAUGUAUUUCAAAGCACUGUUUGCAUUUGAAUUGGUAUUAAGUGAUUUUACAAAAUCUACUUUUCUAGACAGCUGAGCAAGGAAGCUCACCCUUAUAAACAAUUUUGGGUGUUGUACUCUAGUCUGAAACAACAUUUCAGGGUAGCAAGCAGUCUAGCCUAUUUUUCUGCAAGUCCCACUGACUUUUGGAAUUAAUGAUUCUUAAUAUUAAUAUAUUAAUAUUAAUAGUAUGUAAUAAUCAUGGAGACUUUGUAGGUUUUGAUUUCUCUAGAAUAAAAUUUGUAUCAGGGCUAUAACUUUCUACAGGAUUUUCUCUUAGUUUAUGAAUUCUAGCAGAUUUUUGUUCUGAUUGCUUUCAGCCAUGGGAAUCAGGAUCUGUGAACAUAAAAAUUUACAUUGUGGUCAUACUUCUGUAGAGUUUUGUCUUUGUUUUUACUGUCAAGGGUCCAACAGAGGAAGAGCAUAUGGAACUCUGUCUUUUUUUUGUGAGUCUUCUGAGUAUAAACUUAAGGAUAAUUUUCCUUACAAUAUUGAUACUUUUGCCAUAAGAGAGGUGAUGGAAAGAGAGAAAGGCAUCAACCAAUGACUAAUUUUAAACACAAGUGUCUAAUUUGAGACACUAGAGUGCAGCUUUAGUUGAUAGUGUCUGUUUUUAGACACUAUUGUCCAAUUUUGGACAGCAGUGUCCCAUUUCAGUCUUAAGUGUCUAAAUGUAGACACUGGUGUCUGAUAUUUAUAGACAUUGUGGGCCAAUUUCAGACACAAGUGUCUGAUUUUAGGUGGAAGAGUCUGAUUUUAGACACUUGUGUCUGAUUUUGGACAGCAGUGUAUCAUUUUAGGCAGUAAUGUCCAGUUUUUGACACUAAUGUCCAAUUCUAGACAGUAGUGUACGAUUUUAGACAGCAGUGUAUGAUUUUAGGCAGCAGUGUCCGGUUUUAAGCAGAGGAGUCCAAUGUUAGACAUUAGUAUAGGAUUUUUAACACAUGUAUCAGAUUUUGGACACUAGCUCCAAUUUUUUAUGCAUAUUUCAGAUUUUAAACUUUAGUGUCUAAUUUUGGACACCAGUGUUAGUUUUCAGGCAUUAUAGUCCGAAUUUGGACUCUAGGUUCUAAUUGUGGAUACUAGGGUCUGAUUUUGGAAACUAGAGUCUUGUUUUGGACGCUAGUGACAAACGAAAGGAGCAUGCAACUAAAAAUUGCUUUCCAGGCAUUUCUUAAGGACAAUUCAACAAUGCUGUUGUGGAGCAGCUAGGUUGGCUUGCGGCACGCUAACAUUAGAUUUUUUUUUUUUUUACUUGCUGAACAAGAAGGACUUCUUGUAGUCCAUAUCAGUCAGAUGUUAAAAUAAAAAUUACCUUGUAAUUUCCUCACCACCCCCCUCCCCCCCCAUCAAUGCAGCACCACGCACCACAGUUUCUUAAUAAACUUACCCCCUUUCACUAUAUCCAUCAAAAACGUUAUUCUCAGCUCAGGAAAACCACCUGAGGCGAAGAACAAUUUCUAGUCCUUACCAGCUGUUGGGUGAUACUAGACCCGCUUAACCAUUUACCUUUGCCUUCCUCUCUAUGAUAAUUAUUAAACGCAGGCAGGCAAAAUUAGGUACAAGCAAACCAGACUGUAGAUGCUUGGAUAACAGCUUGAUUCACCUGGUAACGUACAAACGAAAGAGGCUUGAAAAAGCUUUUUCGUGGCACUCAGCUAACACUCUCUUGGAUGAACACUCGAAAAAGGCCGAGUUUCCUUCUUUUUGCCUAAUCGAGCUAUGCCCUACCCAUCGUCUUCAGACAACCCUCUCAGCUCUUCGCCCACCGCCCUUAUGCUUGCCUAAUCGAUUCACCGCACUUCACUGGCUGUAGCCCACAGUGAUCGCGCUUCGCAGACCUUUCGUACCCAAAAUACAGCGUAAUUAAGACGAGGAAAAACCCUCCUCAAAGAUGAUGCUUCUGCGAUGUGCUUUGAAAUAAUAAAAUGUAACACCCUCUUUUAUUUAGUCUUAAAAUUAAUCGUUGACUUCGUUGCCUAACUUGUAGCUGUUAUAUGUAAAUUAUCCAUCGUGACCGACAAUUAAUUGGUUGCUCCGCGACAGUCGGUCAAAAAAUUUGUCUCCAUGUCAAUCUGCAUUUAUUUUUCUCAGAGACACGUAUAUGACGACCACAUGUACAUUUUCAUUUGACGAUUUGGAUAAUUUCGAGGCCUUUUCAUCAAGACUUGUUGCAGCCUUUUCAGGUGGAUAUAUUAAUUUAUUCAUUGGCGAUCCAACUUGCUAUUGGUCAGUUUGUUCGCUGAUAUAUUUGCCGUUAACGGUGCUGGCCUUUCUAAGAGAGCAACCAACUCGUCUACUCGACAGAAAACCGUUUUAAGUGUCUCUUUUUUGCCUCUUGGGGGUUUCCAUGCCUCUUCUAAGGAAAGACUGAAACAGUUAGUGCGGCGAAGACUUGUGACUUUUCGAUGAAGGACGACGAAAUGGUGAAAGCGCACUGCCGUGAACAAUGCAAGUGGAUCCUUCUUUUAAUUUGGUGAUCUUAGGCUGAUCGACAUCUGCCGGAUAUUUGGUCAUAUUUAACGUAGAAAUUAUAAUGGUGAGUCAUUUAGGUAAUUCCACGGCACGAUCUAGAAUUGUAAAGUAGAGUUCGCACAGAAUUUCCGACAAAUAUUGUCUUCGAAUUCUUUGUUUAUCGCUGCGAUCCUAUAAAUGGCGCGCUCUUUUGUUUAUUAUGUACAAUAUUCCUGUCUCGUUAAAUUGCACUUUUACAUGUAAUUUUGAACCAGGAUUUGCAUAAUUCAGCCACCGCUUAAUCAAACCAUUGACCGGAUGGUGCUAGGUGUUUUUUUCCAAACUGAGUGCGACGAGUGUUAUUUUCGUCGUUGAACGAAAUACUGUAAGCGGUCGAUACGGGUUCAAUGGUAGAAUUAUGCAGUUCAUAAGGAUUGCGGGCGAUGAUGCAGAGAGGAGUAAGAAAUACAAGCGCCCUCUUAAGGUACAAAAAAUUGCAGCUGUUUUAUUUAUGUUUUGUGUGUGGCUUUCUCAUAAGUGCCUCUGUGCUGGAGUCUAUGAAAGAAUCGGGAUUAUUUAUUUAAAAUUCCGAUUCCCUUUAAGAGAUGUCUCUAUCAGCGUUUUCUACAGUGUGCAGAAGCCAUGAUCAGUUUAUCCAUUGAACUCUUGUUAACAUUUUAACUAAUCGCGGUAGUAGGAGUAUUUUUCGGUGGCGUGGAAACACGCUAUGAGACGACAAAAAUUCGGGUCUUUAAAAGACCACUUCAGUAGGAAUUGUGCACGAAUAAUUCAGUAAAAUCUUACAACCUAGAGUUGUGGCGAGUUUGUAAGAUACUCCUGUUAAAUAUUCUUUUUUUAUAAUUUGAAUUUCCUGAUCAAGUUAAACAUCUACGCCUCUUUGCACCUGGCCUUCAGGAACUUUUUAAUAAGCCUUGGGUGUGAAUUAUAAAAAAGCAAUUCCAUUUUAAUUUACACUAUUGUUUUGGAAGAUCGAAACUGUUUACCAAAAUUUGCUCAGGUGAAUCCUGCAGUCCCAAUAACAGUGAUUUUCAUUUCGUUGAACAGUAGGGUUUUUCCUUUUUUUUGCGUGUUUGACCUAAAAAGUUUUCAUAUAUAAUUUUUACGUAGAUGAACAUUGUAGUUUAGUCUCAGAUGUCAAGGUAUCAUGUACACUUUGUUUUAACUUUCUGCUUGUGCAAAUAUUAUCACUGAUUCAGUAUGCUUAUUUCAUAAUCUAAAAACUUAUGAGCAAACGACUGGAGUUCUUAUCAACAAAAGCUCAACUGGGUUUGUUCAUCAGGUUCUAGAGGUUUUUAAUAAGUAUUUGUUUUUAUAAUAUUGAAAUUCCAGAUUGUCAGGACUCUUUGGUUGGGGAUUAGGGAGCAUAACUUCUUGUUGUGGGAUGUUUGUAGAGAUUAUACAUGUUGAGCUUCAUCACUGAAUCAACUUUGUAGCUAGCUUGCAGUCUUAAAUGCAUUAUUGAAACAAAAAUUUUAUAUUUACAUUCCAGGGAUUAGUUCUAAGACAGCAAUGGUUUCUAGGGUAAAAAAAGAAAAACACAAUCCAUAUUAUUAUAUUUUUGGUGAAAAAUAAUUCACAAGGUAUUUAGGCACUUGCAAGCAGGUAUGACAUAUUUUAAAGGGAUUUUACAGAAUUAGUGAUGACCAGAUACAACAGAGCACUCAAGUUUUAUAGGAGUCAUUGGUGAUACACCCUACAAAGGGAACAGCUAAAUUGGAAUUUAUUAGCAUAUAGCAUAAACAUACAAAUUUUUUUUUAAUUUCAGAAUCACUUGAAAUUUCUGAACAACGUCUGAUACUCUAAAGAAUUUGAAAGAACUUCUCAAAAGAUAUUCCAUCAACAUUUUUCAGUUGAUGGGCAUAAUUAGCUAGAGAGUAGUUUUGUACGCUAAAAAAAAUUUAUAUUUAGCUUUUUCCUUUUUUUUUUCUUUGCUUUUAUUCUAUGACCAUUUCAUUGCAAUGAGGUGCAUGGUCAAAAAAGAAAAAGAUAAGUGUGAGAUUAUCAUGAGCCUUUUGACAGGCAGUGGGUAGGGGGUCUGUAAGAUUUUUUUAGGGGCGAACCACGAUUAAGUGUGUGCCUCACCAGGAGUUUUUAUCUUAGCAUAUCAACAAACUUAUAUUCAUGCAAGGAGAAGUACUGGCAAAGAGAGUAUCUAGCACCAGAGGGUAGAUUCCUCAGAUUUGCAUGUUUUCCCAAACCUGAGUGAUGAGAAGUGUACAUAUGAGGGGGUCAUUGUACCCCCUCAUAAAUAAGAGGAGUCACAGUCACCCCAGGGCAUCCUUUAGCUUGGCAUCCUUUAGCUUGUCAUCCCUGUUCAACCAAAAUGUUACAGUGAGUAUGUUAUUAGCACUGGACUCAUAACGGGAUUUUGACACAUAAUGACACUGUGCCUGAUUCAUUUUAGUCUGAAAAGAGCAGUCAAAACCACACUGAAGAAGAAGACAAAAUUUGGCCUGAGGAUGCAGCACCGCCCAGCUAUGACUCACUGUUUGGGCAAAUCAAAGAAGCUAAGGAGACUUCUGAUGGUUCAUUUGAUUUCUGCAAACGAGUUGUACAGCUCUUUGCUGGAACAAGUAAGUUAAAAGAGCUCUCAAGAGCUGUGCAUUUCAGAUUUCUGAAGCUGAAGCUGAAGCCUCCAGGCACCUAGGGAUUCCCUUAAGAACACUGGUAUUUAUAAUAGUGCAGUACUCAAAGUUUUGUUUACGUAAGAAAGGUAUCUGAUUGAAAAGAUACUUAAUUUCAAUUGUUGAUCUUGGGAGUUUAAUGUGGAUCCUUAUCAUCAGUCCUCAAGAAUUUACUGUGAUCAACAAAGCCUAAUCAUCUGAAAUCUUUACUUUUUUUGGCAAAUGGUAUCUUAAAGAAGCUUGAAUACUUUGGGGAUCCAGAAAAUCCUUGAAAAUGUCAAAAAGUUUUGAAGGCUCCUUUGAUCUUUUUGGUGUUUUAGAGGUAUAUAUGAUUAUAUGUCUGUCAACUUAGCUGAAAAUUGUCCAUAGUUUACAAUUGGCUGCACCAUUGCUUUGAUUUUAUUGAUGGCACUUCCAAAUUGCCAUGGUCUUGCCAUGUCUUCUGAAGGUUCAUAUGAUUACAUGUUGACUUAACUGAAAAUUGUCCAUAAUUUACAGUUGGCUGCACCAUUGCCUUGAGUUUAUUGAUGGCACUUCCAAUUGCCAUGGUCAUUAUGGGUGAGUAACAAAACAAAAAUGAUUUAAAUGUUUUCUGUGCAUGGCUUGAGUUAUGGUCAAGUGAUCCCUGGAAAAUGAAGUUUCCUUACAAUUAAAUGAAAUAAAUUUGAACUUUAUUUGAAUGUGUUUGAUAUGUGAUCAUCAUAACAAAAUGAUUCCCAGCGAUGAUUAUUGCAAUCAAAGGAAUUGUAGAUAAAAGGCUGUAAAAGUUCAUGCUUUGAUAGGAUUUGAUCCUGUGCCCUCUAGAUACUAUGUGAGUGCUCAAAGUUGUUGUUGUUGUUGUUUUUUUUUAAGUGAACGUAGCUAGUAAGGGUAGAAUAUUACAAGGUGUUGUUGAUUUUUUUCUUAUUUGAUAGGUGCUAAGUAUAAGGAUGAUUGUCCUGUGGAACCCUUCAUUCCAAUUUACCUCAUUGUGGGAGGAUCAUUUGGAAUGUUGAAAACCAUUAUAGUCCUUUGUCAACGAGCCAGGACUCAUGAAGAUGACUUGGACAUGGAUGAAGAUCAAUCCAUGUCCACAAAAUUUAUUGACGGCGUUUUAAAUCUGUUCUUGUUCACAUGGUUUAUUGCCGGAAACAUCUGGGUAUACAGCAAGUACCGACCAAAUCCAACUCCGCCACCAGGCGAUCCACUAAACUAUUGCAAUCCAACACUUUAUUUGUUUGCAUUUUGGGUGAUCACAGCCAGUUAUAUACUGAUGGGCUCAAUUUGUUUCUGUAUAUGUUGUCUAGGAGUGUGCGCAAGCUGUACAGCGUUCUUUGUUACUGCAAAAGAGUGAGAUAGUUAAGAUGUUUUGAGGACAGGUUGUUGUUAUUUAAGGAUCAGAGAGAUAGGAUAAGUUGGGAAGACAAGGAAUACCAUUUUCUAGUGUUUUUCUGGCAUAAGAAAAAAAUGUAAAGCUUCUAGUUUUGGUGAAGUAAUAUUUAAGGUUGACAACCACAUUGUUAAGGUAAGAACUUUAUUAAAGAGCAAGCGCAUUAAACUUGCUAAUACAGGAAAAGAAAUUACUUCAUAUUACUACAAAUUGACUGAAAAUCUGGUUUAAAACUGAAAGUUAUGUAGGUUUUAUUUAAACAGGGUUGUCAAAAGGAUUUUGAGUGACCAGACUGUGGUACAAAGUAGGUGGUACUUAACAGUUUUAAUUCCAUUAAUAAUAUGCUUCCAUACUGAAAUUUUACUCCUCACCCUUCCAUGGCUGAUUUUUUUUUUAGAGUUAAGGUGGAUUGCACUGGUUGCCAGCUUAUUUUGACAACCCUGGUAAUAUUUUUGUAUGCUCAAUAUGGUCUUAAUGGGAUGCACAAGGCUCCCUGUUGGUAAAUACUCUUAUACAAACCAUUCAUGCAAUUAAUAGAUUAAGUUCAGCAUAAAUUGGAAGCAUCUUUUGAGGGAACGCAAGUCAGUGUUGUAAACUCUUGAUCAUUCACCAAGCUGUUUUGUUUGAUUUAGUGUAAUAGUGGAUUUAGAGUGGAAGUCGGUGAGUCCUUUGCCAUAGCAGAAAUCUAAUCAUCUCCCACUUCCUUCCUCCUGAAAAAAUACCAAGCACACUCUCACCUAGAAAACACACUAGCAUACAAAGCCUACAAAGGUUAGUGAAUGGAAGUCAAAAAGCAUGGGACGCAAUUUUGAUAUGGUAGUUUAUAGUUAUUUGUGGUUGAUGUGUGAGUAAAUUUGCAUUUUCCACCCAUUCUCCCUCUAACAUUGCAUUAUUUGAUACUGCUUAGAUGGUAGGCUUGAGUAUAAGUAGUGUUUCAUGGGUCUGUCUUCUCAUGCCCCUUCUUCUCUAGGUUGAGAGGAAGGGCAGAGACCCCAGAGAAGAGUUUUGUUGGGGCAUUUGAAGCACCGCACAAAACUAGGAUUCAAAAAAUAACCUUGACAACUUGCACCUGGUCAUCUGAAUAAGUUAAUGCACUGAGUUUGAAUAACAAGUUUCAUACCUUGUAUUUUGGUAGGAUUCAGAAAUUGAUAUGCCAGAGCAAAGUCUCUAAAGCAGUUGUUUGGUCUUGUGACACAACACCUUUCUUUU